AUGCGGCUCCUCAACAUCGAGACCUUCCAAUUCACCUCCUUUCGCGAGAACAACCGCCCCAAAUACGUGAUUCUAUCGCAUCGGUGGGUUGAGGACCAUGAAGUGACACUCCAAGAUGUACAAGAAGGCAAGAACACGCAUUUCAGUGGAUACGAGAAGAUCGUGCAGUUCAGCGGCUUUGUCAAAGAGCACAUGCCUGGGAUAGAGUGGCUGUGGGUGGAUACUUGCUGUAUCAACAAGGACAACAGCGCAGAGCUUUCAGAAUCUCUGAACCUGAUGUUCGACUGGUAUCACAAUGCUGAGAUGUGCAUUGCGUACUUGGCAGAUGUCUCCAACGACAUCGAAAGCCAGAAGCCUGACGCACACCAGGUAGAUGGCAAGAAUAGCAAUGUCGAGGAGCAUUUCGCGCAGAGUGAGUGGUUCCGUCGGGGCUGGACCUUACAAGAAUUGCUAGCACCGCCUACGGUGAUAUUUGUCGACAGAACAUGGAAAAUCAUUGGCAAUAAAGGGGCAUCCACGAAUGGAAGUAGCGCAAAAUUUGCAGGGGAAGGACUCGAAAGUAUUACCACUGAGAUUACAGGAAUUCCCGAACAUGUCUUGCGCGACUACGAUACAUGCAACAAAUUUAGUCCGAAUGUAAAGAUGGACUGGAUGAUUGGUCGUGCAACUACCCGUGCAGAAGACAAGGCGUAUGCGCUUUUUGGAAUACUCGGAAUCGCACCCGGAGCAAACUAUGGAGAGAAGUAUGAAGGCGCGAAGCAUCGUCUCGACAUGGCUUUAGAGCACAAAGAAGGAGCGAAAAGAUUCCAGAGUAUCGUAGACUGGCUCUCGCCGCCGGAUCCAUGGACAAAUCACAACUCGGCACGUCAGCUGCAGGACCCCGGCUCAGGUGAUUGGUUACUGAAUUCAGAUCCAUAUGAAAACUGGAAAACUGCCUCUGACCGUAUCCUAUGGCUGCACGGUAAAGCCGGCUGUGGUAAAACUGUACUCUGCUCCACAGCUAUUGAGGAAGUGAAGACCUAUUGCGGGGGACGGCCACAUGCUGGUUAUGCUGUCUUCUACUUCACUUUCUCUGACAGUCGAAAGCAGCAAUUGGUCGAUCUGCUUCGCUCGCUUGUUGCACAAUUGGGCUGGAAAGGUCCCGCUUUGUCCCUACUCCAACAAGCGCACGACAGACCCAAUCGAAGCCCGCUAGGCCUUCGUGAACUUGAGGGAAUAGUGGCGUCUUGUUUCAUUGCGUAUGACGAGCUAUUCUUGCUUCUGGAUGCGCUAGACGAGUGUCCAGAAGACAACGAUACUCGGCACGAUGUAUUCAAGUGGCUGGGAAGCGUCUCGCGCGGAAACAGGACCGUCAAGGUGUUAGCAACCAGCCGAGAAGUACCGGACAUAGAGAAGGGAAUGACUAAGCUGCACGCGACAUCGAUGCCAAUAGCUUCAGAUCCGGUCAACGAGGACAUCCGUCGUUACACAGUGUCUCAGCUCGAAGAGGACCAUCGCUUGUCUCGACUAGAUAGGAAAACGAAGCAAUUGAUCGAGGAUACUAUUACCAACAAAGCUGAUGGGAUGUUUCGUUGGGCAUACUGCCAACUUCAGGAGCUGAAGAAGCUCAAGUCCACUAAGCCCAGUUCGGUUAGGAAGGCCUUGUAUGACUUACCUCAGACCCUAGACGAGACUUACGAACGAAUUCUGGUGAGUAUAUCGGACGAUUAUCAUCGCGACGCUGUCGCUAUGCUCCGGUUACUGGCAUUUUGCAAGUCGCCACCCACGCUUGACGAACUUGCGGAGAUCACGAUCAUUGAUUGGAGUGGGGACGGGCACGUAGAUACAGAGGACCGCCCAGGGCUCGAGGAUCCGCUAGAGAUCUUGCCGGGACUUGUUACAGUUUACCAGGCGAAGGAGUGGAAUUCUGACCAGCGUGAGCACACCGUGAAAGCAAGAGUCAGGCUAGCCCAUUUCUCGGUUCAGGAAUAUCUUGAGUCAACCCGAAUCUCACAAAGCAGAGCAAAUGCCUUCCAUCUCGAGAAGGGGCGGGAUCACAGAAUACUGAACCACAGCUGUCUGGCCUACCUCGACUAUUAUAGCGGUUGUGAUGAACGGCUUUCUGAGAAGCGGGAUCUGGAGACUUUUCCUUUACUCGAGUACACGGCAAAGUCGUGGUACUAUCAUUCCCCAUUGCAGCAGCCGCCAGAUGUCGCACGUGAGCUGCGAUUUCUUUCUGACCAGCGUAUCGUGGAGCACUGGCUCAUGGUGGAAAAUAUGGAAUGGGGCACUGGACUCGAGGUAGUUGUCCACGAACUUCUCAAAUGUAAAGCAGAUCCUAAUGUUAAGGGAGGCUUUUACGGCAAUGCACUACAGGCGGCAUGUUUAAUAGGCUACGAGCGAAUAGUGCAGAUACUUCUCGAUGCCGGCGCCGACGUUAACGCUUAG